AUGUCGCGAAUCGAAGAGCUCCCGGAUGAUUUUGAUGAAUCUCUCAACCUCAAAGAUGCCCCUCCAUCGGUCACUCAAAACCUCCCACAGCCAGGGUUCGAUGCCUUUGCUGUUGGCAAUGAAACUCCGUUCCCAGUCAACGAGGAAGGACUGAAAGCGCGCCAGACUGAUCCGAACGCACCAGAGCUUCCCCCGGCCAUGGCCUCAGUUCAGUCGCAUUCCUCUAAAGACUUGAUGGACAUGAUGAACAAGACGCCCCUUUUCAUGACCGAUAUGGAAAACGCCGGAGAUGAGAAUGGCGAAAACAUGCUUCUCGACGCGCUGCAAGCUCUUCAGAAUGAGGGAACCCGGGCCGAGGUUGCGCAAUCCUUCAAGGGACAAGGAAACGACGCCGUACAACAGCUCAAGUGGAUUGAUGCCAAAGAGUUCUACACCAAGGCUCUUGCCGUCAUCAAUGCUAAGGAAGAUAAAUGGGAGAAGCCGGAAGACCCCAAGGAAGAAGCAGAGCUACUGGUCAAGUUGGAGGAGGCCUCAUACAGCAACCGCGCGCUGUGCAAUCUGGAACUAGGAAACUAUCGUUCUUGCACUCUCGACUGUGCCGGCUCUCUCAAGAUCAACCCCAAAAACAUCAAGGCCUAUUAUCGCUCUUCAUUGGCACUGUUCAAGCUGGACAAAAUCGCCGAGGCUGAGGAUUCCGUCGCUCGGGGACUAGCAAUCGACCCAGAAAGCAAGGCUCUUCAAGAGCAGUCAAAGAAGCUUGCUGAGCGCAAAGCCCAUUUAGAACGUGUUGCUGCGAGGAAGAGAGCCGAAGAAGAACUGCUGCGCAAGCAGCUCACAAUGCUGAGCACGGCCCUGAAAGCCCGUCAAAUUAGAACCCGCAAGACCGAACAGCCUCCUGAUAUGGAAGACGCCAAGAUCCGACUGGUCCCCGAUCCCCUCUCGCCCGAAAGCACAGUCGAAUUCCCCGCUGUCUUCCUGUACCCUAUGGACGCGCAAUCCGACUUCAUCAAGUCUUUCUCUGAGAUGAACACUAUCUCGGAUCACCUGGAAUAUAUUUUCCCACUUCCUUGGGACACCAAGAAAGAAUAUACUGUUGGCGGCGUUGAGUGCUUCAUGCAGACUGUCUCCGGAGGUCUGAUCAAGGCGGGCAAGAACUUGCCUUUAUUGCAAAUCCUCACCGGAGGAAAGGUCGAGGUUGUUGAUGAGCUCGUCAGCAUCCACAUUGUGCCGAUUUCCAAGACUGGCAAAUUCAUUGCGGAGAUGAAGGCCCGCAAGUCAGGUUGA